AGGAAGCACUGGGUUUGUUUUGAAAGCCUCGGAGAAUCUACACAUUGUUUUUUAGUUUGCUUUUUUUAAGCGCGUGCAUAUCGUGUCUGUUGUUUUUGUUAUUAAAUUAGCAUCAAUGUCAGUGUUGCAUUUGUGUUCAACCCUACAUAUCUGUUUCUGCACGGGUGAAACGCGACUGUUCGUAAUCCCAACGAUGAGUUAUGCUGAAAAGCCAGAAGACAUCACAAAAGAAGAGUGGAUGGACAAACUAAACAAUGUUCACAUACAGAGGGCGGAUAUGAAUCGGCUCAUUAUGAAUUACCUGGUGACAGAGGGUUUCAAAGAAGCUGCAGAGAAGUUUCGGAUGGAGUCUGGGAUCGAGCCAAGCGUGGACCUGGACUCUUUGGAUGAAAGGAUAAAGAUUAGAGAGAUGAUCCUGAAGGGACAGAUACAGGAAGCUAUUGCACUCAUCAACAGCCUACACCCAGAGCUCCUGGACAACAAUCGAUACUUAUAUUUUCAUCUGCAGCAGCAACAUUUGAUUGAGUUAAUCAGGCUAAGGGAGACUGAGUCAGCGCUGGAGUUUGCCCAGACGCAGCUGGCUGAGCAGGGAGAGGAGAGCCGUGACUGUCUGACAGAAAUGGAGAGAACACUCGCCCUUCUGGCCUUUGACACCCCAGAAGAGUCGCCCUUUGGAGACCUGCUCAACAUGAUGCAGCGGCAAAAGAAUCGCAACAGUUCACAAUCAGCAAAUGGAUUUAAUAGUUCUUUAACUUUUGAAUUGAUGCCAAAUGUCACCAGAGUUCGAUUUCCCGAACAGGUGUGGAGUGAGGUGAACCAAGCUGUGCUGGACUAUGAAAACAGGGAGUCAACGCCCAAACUGGCUAAACUCCUGAAGUUACUGCUGUGGGCUCAGAAUGAGCUGGACCAGAAGAAGGUGAAAUAUCCCAAAAUGACGGACCUGAGCUCCGGCACCAUCGAGGACCCCAAGUGAACAUAACGGACAAGAACAACCACCUUCCACGUCCCCUUAAUUUAUGAUCAGUCAGUGACUGUGUGACAACCAGGUAACAUACAUGUAUAAACAAAUGCUACAUUGUUUUUUUUCUUCAUGUUUCAUUCAUGAGAGAUAAAAACGUAACUUUUUGUGCAAACUGUAAAUUGCUGUAUUUGCAAAUUUACGGAAAUUAUAUAAGUACUGAUCCUGGAAUUUUAGAUCUUGGAGAAGACAAAAUAAAAAUUGCUGUUUUACAUUUUAUCUUUCUAAAGCCGACAGUAUUAUUCAGUGUAACCCCUCCCACUAAGACUUCAUUUUAAGAGAGCGAGAGAAUAAAAUUAAGAAGUUAAAUACUUUGGUGUGUGUAGCCAAAUUAAAGGCUCCCCAGAGAGAGAGGUGGGGCAAACCGGUUUAAGUUUUGAAAAAGCAGAUGUGGUCAAUGUCUCAAUGCAAGAGUCUAGAUGGUUUAAAAUUAGAACUAAGUUCAAAAUUGAAAUCUCGUACACAAAAUGUGAGUAUUUUUCAAUUUAAAUUUAAAGAUGUGCAAAUUAAUGUAAUAUAAUUUUUAUUAUUAUAAUAUUUUAUGAUUUAUGUCACAAUGCAAGAGUCUAGAUAGUUUCAAAUCAGAACUAAGUUUGAAAUUUCGUACACAAAAUGUGAGUAUUUUUAAAUUUAAAUAGAAAGAUGCGCAAAUUAAUGUAAUAAAGUUUUAUUAUUAUAAUAUUUUAGGAUUUCUUUUACCAUAUGUCUAUAGGAUGAACUGCCUUGCAAAACGAUAAUGUGUGUGUGAGAGGGUGGUAACCGUCCUGAAUGACGGUUGAAAUUACUGAGUUUUAGCGCCCUCGGCCUUUUCUGAGCCGACAGCGUGCAACAUGGUCCAGAUGAAAGCGUUUGUUUGGUUUCAUGUUACAAGAGAUUAAAAUAAUGUUCACAUUGAUGGAGGAUUUAUAUAUAGCUUGAGAGGGAGGCUCCGAUCAAGAGAUGCUAAUGAGUGACGGUGCCAAUAACCACUUAGUAGGAUGAAACUUCUCAUUCUCCAUUCACACUGAAACUGAUACUUUUUUAAAAAUGUGCUUUGUUUUAAAUAAUUAAUGAGCAAUGCAUUGGCAUUUUUAAUCUGAACAGGCAUUUUGAAAAAGUCGCAGAACUUGUCAUUAAUUUUGCCACUUUUAAAGCUGUUAAUAUUUUUCACUUUGACUGCAAGUAAAUGUAUUUUUUCUUUUCAAUGGGGCAAUGCACUUGUUGAUUUUAUUUGAUUGUUUUUAAUAUAUGUGUAUAUAUAUAUAUAUUAAUAACAAACUUGCUGCUAGUUGUCAGUCCUUCAUUUAUUUAAAGGUUGUAUUGUCUUUAUUGUCUUUGUAUUGGCUUUGACAAAUACUGAGAUGCAGAGAGCCCACAUCCCUUUUAUUAUCCCCUAACAUUUUUAAGAUCAGAUUUGCAAUUAUUAAAAUAAACAAAACUUUUGUGAAACAUACAA